AUGUCCGUACACCGCUCACCGCCUCAAAGCAUACACGGCGACGAAGAGGCGCCUGAAAAUGCGCGCAGGGAUGACCCACUGCGAAAUAGGUACGGAGCAAUAUCGAGGGCCGAGACCGAGACACCUGAAGAAACUGGGAUUUAUAGCGCCAAGUUGAUCAAGUUACCGCCAUUUUGGCGAGAUAACCCGACACUCUGGUUCAUGCAGGUAGAAGCCUCCUUUACAUUAUCAAGAAUCACGAGCGAUGAUAGUAAGUACCGUUACGUAUUGGUCAAUCUAGAUACUACCGUAUUACCGUUCAUGUCAGACAUCGUAACCUCCCCGCCUGCAACGAACAAGUACGACGUACUGAAACGGAGAAUCAUCGACGCGUUCGGUAAGACGAGCGAAACAAAACUGCGAAGACUGCUACGUAACCACGAGUUGACGGACGACAAGCCAUCUAAUUUUCUGCAAAAAUUACGUAAUUUAGCAGGAGUUCAGUGCAGCGACAUUGUUCUACGCACGUUAUUUCUGGAACAACUACCAGACAACGUACGUAGUAUUUUAGCAAUCAGCGAGGUAGGCGAUUUAUCCAAACUAGCGUUACAAGCAGACAAGGUUUUAGAUAUGUCAAAGAUUAACAUAAGCCAGGUCUGUCUUAGCACAAGCAAUGCAUCAAACGCCAGGAAACCCGAAUCUACCUCUGAGAUCACAGAGCUGAAAGCCUCAGUAGAAGCCCUAGCGAAGCAAUUCAAGAAACUUCAAACUGGACGGCGGAGAAGCCGAAGCAGAUCAAGGAAUAGACCUCACUACCGUAACAAGUCACCAGCAACAAAAGAGCAUAGAGGUACCGAUAUAUGUUACUAUCAUACUAGAUUCGGCAAGGAGGCUUAUCAUUGCUUAACGCCAUGCAAGUGGAAGAAAGAGGACGCGGAAAACUAA